CCCGCGCCGGCUCCGCGGCUCCGCAGCUCACGACCGCCCGCCCGCCGGCCCGCCCGGCGCCGGGCAAUGGCGCUGCUGCGGGACGUGUCGCUGCAGGAUCCGCGGGACCGCUUCGAGCUGCUGCAGCGCGUGGGGGCCGGGACCUAUGGCGACGUCUACAAGGCCCGAGACACGGUCACGUCCGAACUGGCCGCGGUCAAGAUAGUCAAGGUAGACCCAGGGGACGACACCAGCUCCCUCCAGCAGGAAAUCACCAUCCUGCGUGAGUGCCGUCACCCCAAUGUGGUGGCCUACAUUGGCAGCUACCUCAGGAAUGACCGCUUGUGGAUCUGCAUGGAGUUCUGCGGAGGGGGGUCCCUGCAGGAGAUAUACCACGCCACCGGGCCCCUGGAGGAACGACAGAUUGCCUAUGUCUGCCGGGAGGCACUGAAGGGGCUACACCACUUGCAUUCUCAGGGGAAGAUCCACAGAGACAUCAAGGGAGCCAAUCUUCUCCUCACCCUCCAGGGAGAUGUCAAGCUGGCCGACUUUGGGGUGGCAGGCGAGCUGACGGCAUCUGUGGCUAAGAGGAGAUCUUUCAUUGGGACUCCUUACUGGAUGGCCCCGGAGGUGGCCGCCGUGGAACGCAAAGGAGGCUACAACGAGCUAUGUGACGUCUGGGCCCUGGGCAUCACCGCCAUCGAGCUGGGCGAGCUGCAGCCCCCUCUUUUCCAUCUGCACCCCAUGAGGGCCCUGAUGCUCAUGUCGAAGAGUAGCUUCCAGCCGCCCAGGCUGCGAGACAAGACUCGCUGGACCCAGAAUUUCCACCACUUCCUCAAGCUAGCCUUGACCAAGAACCCCAAGAAGAGGCCAACGGCAGAGAAGCUUCUGCAGCACCCAUUCACAACCCAGCAGCUCCCUCGGGCUCUGCUCACACAGCUGCUGGACAAAGCCAAUGACCCCCACCUCGGAACCCCUUCCCCUGAGGACUGUGAUCUCGAGGCUUAUGACGUGUUUCCAGACACCAUUCACUCCCGGGGUCAGCACGGCCCGGCCGAGAGGACCCCCUCAGAGAUCCAGUUUCACCAGGUGAAAUUUGGUGCCCCGCGCAGGAAGGAAACGGACCCACUGAACGAGCCGUGGGAGGAGGAGUGGACGCUGCUGGGAAAGGAGGAGCUGAGUGGGAGCCUGCUACAGUCAGUCGAGGAGGCCCUGGAGGAAAGGAGCCUGACCAUCCGGCCAGCCUCAGAACUCCAGGAGCUGGACUCCCCAGACGAUGCCAUGGGAACCAUCAAGCGGGCCCCCUUCUUGGGGCCACCCCCUGCUGAGCCUCCAGCUGAAGACCCUCUGUCCAGCCCCCUGGGAACCCCACCCCCACCUCUCCCAGGCCCUAACAGCCCCCCACUGCUCCCCACUGCCUGGGCCACCAUGAAGCACAGGGACGAUCCUGAGAGAUCAUCCUGCCACGGGCUCCCCCCCACCCCCAAGGUGCAUAUGGGCGCCUGCUUCUCCAAGGUCUUCAAUGGCUGCCCCCUGCGGAUCCACGCUGCUGUCACCUGGAUUCACCCUGUCACCCGCGACCAGUUUCUGGUGGUGGGGGCCGAGGAAGGCAUCUACACCCUCAACCUGCACGAACUGCAUGAGGAUACACUGGAGAAGCUGAUCUCACACCGCUGCACCUGGCUUUACUGCGUGAACAACGUGCUGCUGUCACUCUCAGGGAAAUCCACGCACAUCUGGGCGCAUGACCUCCCGGGCCUGUUUGAGCAGCGACGACUACAGCAACAGGUUCCCCUCUCCAUCCCCACCAACCGCCUCACGCAGCGCAUCAUCCCCAGGCGCUUUGCCCUGUCCACCAAGAUCCCAGACACCAAAGGCUGCCUGCAGUGUCGUGUGGUGCGGAACCCCUACACGGGCAGCACCUUCCUGCUGGCCGCCCUGCCCGCCAGCCUGCUCCUGCUGCAGUGGUACGAGCCGCUGCAGAAGUUCCUGCUGCUGAAGAACUUCUCCAGCCCCUUGCCCAGCCCGGCGGGGAUGCUGGAGCCCCUGGUGCUGGACGGGAAGGAGCUGCCGCAGGUGUGUGUGGGGGCUGAGGGCCCCGAGGGGCCCGGCUGCCGCGUUCUGUUCCAUGUCCUGCCCCUGGAGGCCGGUCUGACGCCUGACGUCCUCAUACCACCUGAGGGGCUCCCGGGCACAGCCCAGCAGGUGAUCCAGGUGGACAGGGACACAGUCCUAGUCUGCUUUGACCGCUGCGUGAGGAUUGUGAACCUGCUGGGUGAGCCCACGGCCACGCUGGCGCCUGUGCUGACCUUUGACUUCCCCAUUGAGACUGUGGUGUGUCUGCAGGACAGCGUGCUGGCCUUCUGGAGCCACGGUAUGCAAGGCCGAAGCCUGGACACCAACGAGGUGACUCAGGAGAUCACAGACGAGACAAGGAUCUUUCGAGUGCUCGGGGCCCACAGAGAUAUCAUCCUUGAGAGCAUUCCCACGGACAACCCAGGGGCUCACAGCAACCUCUACAUCCUCACGGGCCAUCAGAGCAGUUACUGAGAGGGUCAGGUCUGGCCGGUGGCAUUCCGCCGUCCUGCCCCCAGGCCUUAGCGCAUUCCCCUUUAGGCAGUGGCGCCUCCCGGAUCCGAGAGGCCCAGGCUCUGCUGGUCUGAAGGGCAGAAAUAAUUCUGAGAAGAGUUUCGGGGCUGUGGAGGGGAGGGGAGCCCACCCCCGGCCCCUGCGAUAACUGGACCAGAGGAAGCUGCUGUCCCCUCCCCUCCCCCCGUGGGCAACCCGGGGCCCUGUGACCAGGGCCCCGGGCAGGGUGGGAGCAGGCCCGGGCGAUCCAUUCCAUUUUGUUCCACGUUUCUUUUCCAUUCUUCUUGCCAAGAGCCUGCCCCUGCCCCCUGUCCUGGGGAACAUGGUAUUUAAAAGAGAGACUAUAUUGGUAUUAAAGUUGGUUUGAUUUUACUCCACUGAUCCCUCUUUGUCGGGGGUUGGGGGGGAGAGCUGAGGAGGAGGACGGGGGAGGCUUCCUCUCCCUCCUCCCGCCCUCCCUCCCUCCUUCCCUCCAGCACAUCUUUCUGUGGCACCAGGUGCUAUGGGUGCCCCGUGGAAGGGUGGGCCACCAGUGCUCUCUGGUGGUUCCCUUAGGGGGGGGAGCCAGGCAGAGGUGGUGGAGAGGCCAGUGGCCCCGAAAGGCCUCUUAGGGACACUGUCUUCCAGGGCUCCCUCCUCAGGAUGAGCCCUCAGCUUUGUAAUAUGAGGCCUCUUUUACGGCCAAGGAAUGAUGCAGUUGGGGGAGGCAGGCUGAACAAAGGGACUGUCAUCCCGGGCACUCCUGCCCCCUAUGGGAUCUCAUCAGGCAGCCAGCACCCGGGGAGGGCCAGCCACUGGCAGCUCCACCCUGUGCCAGCGAGGCUUUGGUUUCUGGACACAGCCUGUCCUGAUCUGGAUCCCCUGCCCAGGCCCGGGGCUGCCUCCCUGCCUCCCACCUGCUGCUUAGGUGUGUUCCAUCAGACCAGGACUGCUACAUGUGGACUCCAGUGUCAGACUAGGCUCUGGGAAGAUCAGCCUGUGCCCAUUUAACAAGUAUUCCCAGGCAGCCUUCUCAGUGCUAGACCCCGGGCUCACGGAGGGGUCACUCCCAAGAUGUGGACCAGCCCCCAGGGAAGGGAGCUAUCCUUGCUGGAGCCUGCAUCUCGAGGGUGUGUCUGUCUGCCCGUGGCUGACCUUGUGCUUUGCUGUGUCAUUCUCGCACUUUUCCCUCUUGGGGGGCUCCAUACCCUGAGGCCAGGGAGCCCUCCCUUUGUCUCAGGCACUGACCAGGCUGCUUUUGACCGGAGCCUUUGGCCAGGUGAGGUCAAAGCAGGAGGAUGGCAGCUGGCCUGGAAGGAGAGGACAGGUGCACACACAAGACCAUGGGUGCAUAGGGCGGGAAGGCCUUGGGUCUGGGGCCAGAGCUUGAGCAAAGGCCCAAUUGUUUUUCUUCUGAUAGACAAGGCAACUGUUUGAAUUAAGAACUUCUCUACCAGGUUGGGUUGCUGGUAUUUGAUAAACAGAUGCAAAUGGGCGGCGGGGGGCGGGGUGGGGGGUAGAUGGCAGCUUAUGUGAAGAGCUUGCAGCAGCCCAGUCCCUAGUGCCCCUGCCAGGAGCCCAGGGUGAUCCCAGGUCGUCAGAGUGUCCCCUUGUCCGCUCUCCCACAGAGCCCAGACUGCUCUGACUCCUGGGGUUUCUUGGCUGAAAUGGAUUUGUCAGACAGGGAAGGACACGAAGCUUCUGUGCAUCGGCGCUCACGCCUGUGCCCUCCCUGAGACCCAAAGGAGGGGGGCAGGCACCUCCUGAGUUCUGAAAGUCUACACCUGCUUGGCUGACAUGUGAUGGGCCAAAUGGUGGAGUGACAGGGAUAGAAUUCCUAACUUCCCAAUCUCCCGAUUUCUUGGUUUAGGUGUAGGAUUAAGCUGAGGAGCGCCGGGGGUGGGGAGGUGAGCUCCCACUCCGCGGAGGCCCCUGACCCUGACCCCGGGUGCCUGGGGUCACCCACCAAGCCGCGGUCGGCAGAGAGCGCCACCUUGUGGCGGGCCGCCCCGGCCCUCCGCGGCCACCCACGCCCGCAAAGGGGGUUUUGGUGGGAGGAGUCAAGGGUGUUAAUGUGCCCAAGUGGGAGAUCAGGGAAAAGCAAGGGCUUCUGAUAAAAUAUUCACCGGCAGCACAGGCUGGCCACAAGCCAAAGAAAGCCCAGGAAGCUGGGAGUUUGCGCUGAAAGCCUAAGAGUGUUAUUUUAUUUAUGUAUUUUUAAAUAGGUAGGCCUUGUCCGUGGCACACUGUUUUUUGAAAAUGCAAAAUAGAUACGAUGAAAAGUCACCUACGAAGGUCUCCGUUACUUAUGAACCCUUCAGGGAGGAUUUAUGCAGUUCAGUAUGAUAUCUUCUCCCUUUUUUUAUACAUGUGCUAAUAUAUUGCACAUACCUUUCUGCUCUUACCCUUUUAAAAUCCGACCUGGAGGGUUUUCCAUUAUCACUGACUCCCUCUUUGUUUGUUUGCUUGUUUUAUAGCUAAUGGUGUUCCAUUGUAGGGGCUCCCCACAAUUCCUGUUCCUUAAAGUGGUUAGAUCCCUUUGGAUGUAAAUUUGUUUCUACUACUUUGAUAUUACAGGCGACACUGCAAUAAAUAUUCUUGUGCAAUAAGUGUUAGGCCAGUGCCACUCUACACAUUCAGGUGUCCUAUAGCAUAAAUUCCUGGAAGUGACAUUGCUGGCUCAGAGCGGCCGUGUUUGUUCUUGCGACAGCGACUGUCAAAAUUGCUUGCCCUUCUGGGCGGAAGUCUCUGAGAUAGGUCAGCUCGGCCUCUUGAAGCCAUUCUGUGGGUAAGUGGAAGAGGCACGGGUGCCCCAGGACGUUCAGGUAACUGGCUCGUAGCCAAGUGAGGGUCAGAGGUCAAGGCGACAACCGCAACGUUGCGCUCCGGAAUGGCGAGGGACGGGCCACCUUUGUGCGGCGCGUCCAGCGCCUGGUCACUGCCUGGUGCAGAGGCGGCCCUCAGACACGCUUUCUGAGUGAAGGGAUGGGUGUGACGGGGGUGAAGAGGGAGGUGCUGCGGUCAGCCCUCUUGACCAGACCAGCUCGCCGAGCUGUGUCUUCCGCAGAUAGAGCAGAUCCCAAGUCUGCCUGCAGGGCUGCUGGGGGGGGAUUGAAAAUACUGUAAUAACACCACCACACAGAUGCAUCCCAGAGAUAGAAUACCGAAUUAAAACAACAAAUCCCACGAAACAACACACAGCAUGAUAGCAUUUUCCAAAGCUCAAGACCCAGCAAAACGAAACCACUUAUGGUCUGCUGACACACGCACAGGUUAUCGAUAAAACUGUCAGAUCCGGGGAGGAAGAAGUACCAAAUUCAAGAUGAUGGUCUCCGAGAGGAGAGUGACAGUGGGACGAGGAAGGACCCCAGGAAUUUGCAAGGGUUUUGGUAAAAUCUUGGUUCUCAGGUUGGGCGAUGGGCUCCCAGGGCAUUCAGUGUAUGUCAGUUCUUUUUGUAAGUUUCAAACGCUGCGUAGUAACGGGUUAAGUGUAAACAUAAAAAUAACCACUCAAAAAAUAAAGCCCGGUAACGACUUCAGAAAGAAAAAAAGCCAAGAUAAUCCUUCCCUACAGGAUGAAAUCAGUGUUGUGAGGAGAAUUAUGGGCAGAUCCUCCCCCCUCUCUCUAGUUUUCUCUAUUGUUUGUUAAAACAUCUUUAUUGAGAGGCGCCUGGCUGGCUCAGUCAAAAGAGCACGCAACUCUUGAUCUCAGGGUCAUGAGUUCGAGCUCCAUGUUGGGUAUAGGGAUUACUUAAACUUAAAAAAAAAAAAACACAAACAGCUUUACUGAGGGAUAAACUGGUAUCUGAUACACUGCAUAUAUUGAAAAUGUACUAUUUGAUGAUGACGUGGGAAACCGUCACCACAGUCAAGAUAACGUCCAUCAUCUGGCCAAGUUCCCUCUACCCCUUUGCGAUCGUGCCGUCCUGCUCAUAGUACCCACGGAGCCGCUCUCCGUCACUAUAGAUGAAUGUGCAGUUUUCAAAAUUGAUAUAGAAUCGUCCAGUGUGCACGCCUCUUUACCUUUCACUGAGCAAAUGGUUCUGUGAUUCACCCAUGUUGUUGCAUGUACUAAUAGUCGUUCUUUUUUAUUGCCGAGUAAUAUUCCGUUUGAUAGGUGUACCACAGUGUGCUUGGCUCGUCACCUGUUGGACAUGUGGGCUCUUUCCGGCUCUGGACUGUUACAAAUAAAACUGCUCUGAACAUUCA